AUGACAAUUUGGAAGCAGAUUCAACUCGAUCAGUAUGCCGUGGAAAUAGUCAAGAUGCGAAGAAAUCAGCAACUCCCACCAAACCAACGAGAACAUCUAGAUCGAAACAGCAAACUUCGUCAAAUUUCUCCGUACUUGGAUGAACACGGUGUGGUUCGUAUGGAAUCCAGAAUAGCAAAUGCGGUUCACUUCACCAGGGAUUUCAAAUAUCCAGUCAUCCUUCCAAAGGACCAUCCCGGAACGAUGCUAGUGAUCGACUGGUAUCAUCGGCAGUAUCAGCAUCACAGUAACGAAACGGUUGUGAACGAAAUGAAGCAGAGAUAUCACGUAUCGAGACUGAGAGAAGUGUUGAAGAAGGUCAAGAAGAAUUGUAUGUGGUGUAAAGUUCACUCGGCAACACCGAAGGUUCCGAGAAUGGCCCCGUUACCUGUAGCAAGGAUCACACCACAUGUAAGAGCGUUCACCUACACGGGGGUCGACUAUUUUGGACCGCUGCUCAUCAAACAAGGCCGCUCGGAUGUGAAACGUUGGGUAGCUCUCUUUACCUGCCUGACGAUACGAGCUGUCCAUUUGGAGCCGGUAACAAGCAUGUCAACGGAAUCCUGUAAAAUGGCAAUACGGAGAUUUGUAUCACGUAGGGGUGCUCCAAAGGAAAUCUACAGUGAUCAGGGGACGAAUUUCUUGGGAGCCAGCCGAGAAUUAGCCCAGCAGUGCAGCGAGAUCAACCGUAGUUUGGCCAAUACAUUCACCAACACCGUAACACAGUGGCGUUUCAACCCUCCAUCAGCGCCGCAUAUGGGGGGGGUCUGGGAACGCAUGGUUCGGUCCGUGAAAUGUGCACUAGCCUCGCUUUCAGCGGUACGCAAACCCAACGACGAAACGUUUCUUACCCUGUUAGCGGAGGCAGAAUCGAUGGUCAAUUCCAGGCCACUAACUUACAUGCCCAUUGACUCCGAAAAUCAGGCCGCUUUAACACCAAACUGUUUCCUAAUGUUGAGUACAAGUGGCGUCAAUCAACCGGCAACGUACAUGGUAGAAGAGGGCUCAGCGAGUGCCUCAAACUGGAACAUGCUACAAUACAUGCUGGAUCAAUUCUGGCACCGAUGGGUUAAAGAAUAUUUACCCACCAUAACCAAACGAACUAAGUGGUUCGCUGACUGCAAGCCCGUAGAGACUGGCGACUUGGUUGUCGUUGUUGAAGAACCGCAGAGGAAUGGUUGGAUACGAGGAAGAGUGCUUAGAGUUAUCCCUGGACGCGAUGGACGCGUUAGAAGUGCGGUGGUCAAAACGGCGAGUACCAUUCUUCGGCGACCGGUGACGAAGCUAGCUGUCCUGGAAGUCGGCGGUACAGCUCAAGGGAAUCUCGAGCAAUACGGGGCGGGGAAUGUUGCGGACACCAGCAGCGAUGAAGAUGGUCACCCUAGUAAUUCUACUCUACCGUGA